AGGUACAUGGGAAUUUAUUCAGUUUACUGGUUAUUCCCUGAGUGCAUCUGAAUUCUUCUGCUACUGAUAGAAAAUCAUAGGUCAAAUGGCUUCUUCCGGGCAGGCUGCAACAGAUGAAGCGACUUCUGAUAAAUUGCCAGAUGGAGUGAGCUCUGUUGGUGGAACUCGUGAAUUGCAACCGAUCUCUGGUAGUAUAUCAGUGUCAGAGAAUCACCAGGAAGGAAACAUUCCCUCUAUAACACCUGAGAAGGCAUCAGUAGAACCUGACCAAGGGGCAGUACAUUCAGAAGGACAUGUUCCUCCUUCUAAGUCUAAGAAAGAACCAAAAACUCCUGAUAGGACAGCUCACGCUGUACAAUCUGAUACGGAAGGAAUCAGUCCGGUCAUUCGUGAGAAGGGCUCUGAGGAUGGGUAUAAUUGGCGUAAAUAUGGACAGAAACUUGUUAGGGGAAAUGAAUUUAUUAGGAGCUAUUACAAAUGUACACAUCCAAAGUGCCUCGUGAAAAAGCAAUUGGAGCGUUCACAUGAUGGGCGGAUCACCGAUACUGUAUACUUUGGUCAACAUGAUCAUCCAAAACCUAAUAGUACCCCUGUAGCUGUUGGCUUUGUUGUCUCCAUAAUUGAAGAGAGACAAAACAUAGCUUCAAGUGUUGCCAAAGAGAAAUCAUCCGAUGCGCAUGGUGACACACCUCAUCAGACGGGGCCGGUAGGUAAUCUUCAAGUUCCGGCGGUUGCAUCAAAAGAUGAUGUGAAAGAUGUUUUAUUAGGAUCAAAUAGGGUGGGAGAUGAGCCUGAUACUAGUGAUGAUCCUGGCCUAAAAAGACGGAAGAAGGAUAAUUACAAUAUGGAAAUAAUUUCGGUGGAAAAGCAAAGCAGUGAACCACGCAUUGUUGUUCAGACUCGGAGUGAGGUUGAUAUUGUCAAUGAUGGGUACCGUUGGCGCAAGUACGGGCAGAAAUUAGUUAAAGGGAAUCCACAUCCAAGGAGUUAUUACAGGUGCUCAAGUCCUGGAUGUCGAGUUAAGAAGCAUGUUGAGAGGACAUCUCAUGAUCCAAAAUUACUUACAACCACUUACGAGGGACACCAUGACCAUGAUAAGCCUCCAGCUCGUACUGUCACUCACAAUACAGCAGGUUCAGACGUUCAUAAAAUACCUAGCAACAAAGAGUCAGGCUCCUCUGUUGAAUCAGGAAAUAAAUCAAAAGAUAGUGGCACUGGUUGUCGCAUAACUCCCCCAUCCCGAAAAAUUUGACGAGCAACAUCAAACACCAAAUGCCGAGCCUAUCCAAAGCUAAGCUCAUUGUCAUUUAUGGUUAAUAAACGAUGGUGACAGGUAAUGUAGAUCAGUACAGGCAAAUGAUCGCAGAGUGUAUAGCUGCUCUGAGUAGUUGACAUUGGGUUGGAUGAAAACCUCGUAGCAGGUGAAAAUCUCAUACGAGUGUAAUAAGGUACAGGAGUAGACCGUAAUUGAUUUUUCCUCGUUUCCUUGGAAAUAGCCAAUACAUGGCAACUAUCUAAGUUAGUUAUUUAUAGAAAUAUUCUGAAUUCAAUGUCUUGCCAGUAGCUGUGUGAUUUGCUUAAUGCUAAUUGGUUGUCAAGCCAUUUCAGUGUCUGAGACAAGAUAUAAUGCGAGGCAUGUAAAACUAGGAUAAACCCUUUUUGGGAGGCUUGUAAAUUGAGCUCUAUUUAAGAAAGAUUAGACCUCCAA